AUGACCAACCCAAAUGGGCUCCUGUCCGCUUAUAAGGACCGAUACAGGGCGCUUAACUUUCAACUUCGGGAUAUGGCCGAGACCUGCAAGAAAAGUGCCAAUUUUGCAAAAAACUUCUCCGUCAAGAAAGUGCUUGAGCUCAUGCACAAAAUCCUGCUCGAGGCGACGCUCAAGGUGGAAGCAAUGAACCGCAUCCUCACCGAACCGCCACCACCUUUGAAGACAGAGAACGACAUUGUGAAGCAUUUAUCCUCAGGAUCAAACCCCAUUCCUACAUUCACAUUGGCAAUUAAUGCAGCCCAACACCGUUUGGAGGAAUUAGACAUCACAUCAGCAUGCCGAACGGCGGCCAAAUAUGAGGAAAUACUGGGCAGGCCCAAGGAAUAUGAAUCACUGGGCCGUAUCUACAAAACCCUAGCCCAUAUUCUUGACAACAUUACAACCGAAUGUCUUACAUUCAGCAAAGGAUGGAAGCCCAUCCGUCAAGGGCUUAGAGAAAAAUUCGCUGCAGAAAAAGGCCUACCUCUUCCGGAACCCCUCGAGGAUUAUAGUGACGUACUCUUGGCCAAGUGGAACGAGCUUCCAUUCAAAGUGGAAGCCUGUUUCGAAGGUCGUAGUAUGGAUAAAUCUACACUCUUAAUCGAUUUUGAUGUCUUCAAAAAGGUUGGAAAAGACUGGGUAAAACCACAAGUUCGAGGAGCAUCCCACAAGUCCCAGCUCCCAUCAGUCGAAGACCAUUUCAGAGAAAUUAUAGAUGAAACUCCUAUCCCGCCUCACUUAGAACGAUUGGGACAGAUGGGUUUACGAACGGAUGCGUCAAUCUUAUGGAAAGACUUUAAGCAGUUGGCCCGAUCAUCUCUGCGGAAUGAAAGUUUACGCAUUGCAUUCGCCGGGAUCGUGAAUCACGGUAAAUCAUCCGCCAUAAAUGCACUUCUCGGAAGAAUUGUCCUGCGAGCAGAUG